CCCCUCCCGGGGGGCGGAGUCUGCAACCUCGUGAUGGCCCAGCCCGGGUUCCCUAGAGUUUGGGGAAGUGAAAGUUGCAAGACACUCGGCCUACUCCAGCUCGUGACCCGGCCGGCUGCUCGUGGUCGCCUCACGAGGCGGCAUGGCUGCCCCGAGCCCGCUGCUGCUGACUGCGCUGCUGUGGGUCCCCGCCGGGGCCCUGAGCUGCUACGGGGACUCGGGGCAGCCGGUGGACUGGUUUGUGGUCUACAAGCUCCCCGCCCACAGCGGGUCCGGGGAUGCGGCGGGCAGCGGGCUGCGAUACAAAUACCUGGACCCGCGCUCAGGGGGCUGGCGCGACGGCGCGGGCUCUAUCAACAGCUCGGCGGGGGCCGUGGGCCGCAGCCUGCUGCCGCUGUACCGGAGCAACGCUAGCCAGCUCGCGUUCCUGCUCUACAAUGACCAACCGCCCAAAGCCGGUAGAGCCCAGGGCUCCUCCAGCCACGGCCACACAAAGGGUGUCCUGCUCCUGGACCAAGAAGGAGGCCUCUGGCUGGUGCACAGCGUGCCCCGUUUCCCACCCCCGCCCUCUGCUGGCGCGUACAGCUGGCCCCACAAUGCCCAAACCUAUGGGCAGAUGCUGCUCUGUGUGUCUUUUCCCCUCGGCCAGUUUCAGAGCAUUGGCAGGCAGCUGACCUACACCUACCCUCUGGUCUAUGACCACCAGCUGGAUGGGGUCUUUGCCCAGAAAUUCCCCGACCUGGAGGAAGUGAUCAAGGGCCACCACGUGAGCCACGAACCGUGGAACAGCAGCGUUACACUCACGUCACAGGCAGGGGCCACCUUCCAGAGUUUUGCCAAAGCCGGCGGGUUCGGGGAUGACCUGUACUCCGGCUGGCUGGCGGCAGCCCUUCGUAGCAACCUGCAGGUCCAGUUCUGGCAAAAUUCUCCCGGCGUCCUGCCCUCCAACUGCUCGGGGACCCAGCAGGUUCUGGACGUAACUCAGACAGCUUUCCCUGGGCCAACCGGCCCCACGUUCAGCGCUACGGAGGACCACUCCAAAUGGUGCGUGGCCCCAGAGGGACCGUGGGCCUGCGUGGGCGACAUGAAUCGGAACCGCGGCGAAGAGCACCGGGGUGGGGGCAUGCUGUGCUCCCGGCUGCCCGCGCUCUGGAAGGCUUUCCAGCCCCUGGUGAAAGCCUGGCAGCCCUGCAGCGAGGAGGAGGAGGAGGCAGGGCCAGGAAGCCCCAGCUAAGGCUCCAGAACUAGUUUGAACUUGAUUUUUUUUUUCAUCCAGCUCAGCUUUCCUCAUAAUGGGACCCUAAUUAUGUUAUUUACCCUCUGUGGGACUCUGUCUACCCAUCAGCAAAACGGGAGUGGUAACAUGCCAGGCAGCUUUGACCAGGAGUAAAGAGAUGGGCGGAUGCGGCUGCUGA